AUGAGCAGUCAAAAGUUAAAUAUUUGCACAUCAAUACGUCUGUUAUUUUAAGAUCGGUCAGAAAAUCUUUGGAAACUACAAACCCUUCUUAACGGAGCACCCGUAAGAGAUAAUCAAAAGAUCAGAAGUUAACCGGCCAUCAUGGCGUCAAUCUACACCACUUUAAUCAACCAACAACACGCCCUUAUCGUUCAUUCCCCUUUUGUGCAAAUAUCGCAAUGGUUAAACCAGGUGGAGGAAAUUAUGGAGCAAAAAUCCAAGGCGGGUCAACCCAUUGUAAACGUGUGUUUCAUUGCAAAGGAGGAGCUACAAAUUGAUGAAAAUCUUCGACAAGAUUACUGGCAUGGAAAAAACGUUGUCAUCAUUUCAAAGACGGUCAAGGUGACCAAACCUUGCCAAUGGAACGUGUCAGGCGUUGAUGGAGCCCACGCCUCAAGCCAGCCCGCACAAAAUGGGAAAGAAUGGGGUGAUCCUGGACAAAACGGGGAAGAUGGAAGUGACGGCGAAAAUGGUGGAAGUGUAUACUUUCUUGUGGAAGACUGUCACAACCUCAACCAUUUACGGAUCAAGGUGAACGGUGGGAAUGGAGGAAGGGGACAACCAGGCGGUAACGGUUGUAAUGGAAAACCAGGCACAGACGGGUUUGAACUGAGUUUGAAGGAUUUAAAAGAAAAAUUUCCUCCAGAUUGUGCGUUCAGUAAAGUACAAUCAGAAUUGGAAAUUGUUGAAAAGCAAACCCAAAGAUUUAUUCAAGGAACAACAAAGCAGCGGCUUCAUAUGACAUUUGCUGUACACUCUGCCAUAUUUAGGACGCAUAUUUAUUUUUUAGUCAAAGGGAGCCAAGGUACUCUCGGCGGACCUGGAGGCGUUCCUGGGCGCGGAGGUGCUCCCGGUCGAUCCGGUUUAGCUGGGAAAGUUACCGAAAUCAAAAUCGGAGGCAUUGACAAACUUGAAGUGCAAGAACUCCAGAGUAUUGUUGAAGCGACAGAUGGUCUUGAUGGCCAGGGGGGAAACCCUGGCAAUGCGGGGAAAAGAGUUCCAGGAAAAGUUGGGCGGGAUGUGGGAUACGUGGCGUGGGCUGCUAUCCCUCACACAACGGUAUACUACGGCCCGGGAUACUUGAAAUUGGACACUUGCGAAGACCCGAACGAUCCAAUUAAUCCAGGGGUUUGGUGCGCGGAGACAUCAAAAUACGUCAGGAUUGUGGUAGUGCCUGCGAUUCCUGUUUCCAACGACGACCAUAACGUUUAUCGAGAUUACACACUUUCUUUGUUGCAAAGCGUUCCUCCAAUUUUACCGAGGAAAGAGCAUUACAAACUUAGUACUGAAGAGAUUAUCAUGGCUUAUCUUCCACUACUGUCGAAAGAAUCUGCAGAAUCUGAAAAAACUCAGAUUUUUAAUUUCUACCCGUCAAUCAACGCCAAACCAUUAUAUCCGAAAUUGUCUGACAUAAAUUUGAACGACUACCCGAUUCAUAAUGGAGGAAUGAACAAUCCUGGAACACCUCAAUUAGCAAAUGCUGACUUUAUCAACCCAAAGGCCUUACCCGUUCCCAAGGAUAUUUCAAAAAUCAAGCCAAUUCUUAACUUGAAAUCUGCCCAAUAUGUAACCCCUACUGAUGUCCCGGCAGUCCAUGCCCUAACUGUGGUUGAUGAAUUACUAAGACACAUAGCUCGUUCUUUCCUUGCGGACUUAAAACUCGUCAUAAUUACCCACGGUUUCAAAAGUAAUGCAAAAGAAACUUGGGUAACCAGUAUGCAAAAUGAAAUUUUGAAGCAUCAUCCAACCUAUAUUGUUGUUCUUUUGGACUGGUCCUCGGGCAGCGGUGGAUUUAGCUACGCCAAAGCAGCAGCCAAUUGCCUGGAAGUUGGCAAACAACUUGGAAAACUGAUUGUUUACAUUAAGGAAGCAUUUUCGAAGCAGAAAAUUGCAACCCAUGUUUGGGGCAUUGGCCACAGUUUGGGCUCCCACCUGAUGGGUGCGGCUGGGAGAUACUGCCUCUCGCAGAACAAAUUAAUCAACAGAAUUACCGGACUUGACCCGGCAGGAGUAGGAUUUGAAAAUUUCACAGCGAAAAUGCUUUGCUCGAAGGAUGCCAGUUUUGUGGACGUUAUCCACACAGACGGAUACCAUAAAAAAGAAAAGCCACCCCAAAAGAUUUUCAAUGCCACUUUGGCACAAUUUGAUGAUAACCCCUUGGUGAAUUUUGGCCCUUUCGGCACAAUGAAACCGUGCGGUCAUGCCGAUUUCUACCCAAAUUCUGGUUAUUGUCAACCGGGGCACAAUACAUGGAGCAAUUACACCAUAGGCAUGGGAACCCUUAGCCACAGCAUGGCACAUGCUCUGUUCACAGCAACGAUAGGAAACAAGGGACUAUUUGAAACAAGUCAACAGUUCGAAGAAGCACCGGAAAUGAAGAAGUCACCCCGAAUGUUUUGAAGACAUCUGUAAAAGUCGAAAUGGGGUUUCACUGCAAGCCUUCCACUAGAGGUUGCUUCUACCUUGAAACAACUGAAGACAAUGGUUUUAUCAAUGAUCAGAUUAGGGAAAAUAAUUCCCAUGUGGACGGUAUCACCAGAGGCGACAUAUAUGAUGUUCUUCGCAACAUGACGAAGGCUCAGUACGUUCAACAGUUGGGAAAUGCCAGAUACGCGCUAAUAAUUAAUAUUGUUGAUUAUACCGAUUGUGGCCAUGCUGAACGCAAGGGAGCUCCGAAUGAUUCGAAGGAUUUGAAGGAUUUUCUUGAGUCUCGAGUACAAAUAUGAGGUCACCGUCACAAGGCCAAAAUCCACAAAGAAGGACGUGUCCCAAACUUUGGAUAAGUUUCUUCGCGUAAUUAAGAACGAAACGAGGAAAAUUGACGGAAUUUUCUUAGCAGUUAUGGGCCACGGUUCAAAGGACAAUAUUAUUGCCAGCGAUGGGAAAGAAAUUAAUAUUUUCACGGAAAUUAUUGAACGUUUUGGAAAUGGAAAGUGUCAUAAUUUGAUGGGUGUUCCGCAAAUCUUUGUAAUUCAAACUUGCCGUGGGAAUCGGUUAGAUAUUUCGCCACUGAAACAUCGGAUGCCCAAAAGCGGGACCCUCGCAGAGGAAGACAAAAAUAUUCCGACCACUACGGAGCAAGAACUCUGGAACAAUUUACCAUUUGCAGAGAGUCCAACUCCUCCCGAAAUGUCUGAUAGUCUUGUAAUUUUUUCAUCUUAUCGCGACACUAAAUCCUUUCGCUACGAACAAGGAGCCUGGUUCAUUCAGCUGUUUAUCAAAGCGGCAAAAAUAGCCGCCGCAUAUAAGAAGAUAGAAAUUUUGUCCCUUCUUAAUGGGAUUGUAGAGCAUUCCAAAAGUAAGCACCAUAGGGCGAUGGAUUGCAGGGACGGAGUCUCUGAUACCUGCGAAACUAUAUUUCUUAAACAACUCCCCGUAAUUGAGAAUGUUGGGUUUACCAAGGAGUUUUUUUGCAGCUUAAGACAGCAAGAAAUUGAAACUUGUACCCUGUGCCGAAACAUACAUAAAUUAAGAAUAAAUCAAAUCACAGGCAUUUCUAAUGGGUUUAAAACAUUAAUAACGCAAACUAAAUUCAAUAUGUACAUAAUAUAGAUAUUCUAAAUUUGGAAUUAAA